GCACUGGUUUCCAGAGAAUUUCACGUGAGAACGCGACAAACCAUCACUCGCGCACACCGUAGCCUAAUUCUCCCCGCUCGUUGCGUCACAGAAGAGGUUACGGGAGGCACUUUUGUACCCUUUUCCAACGCUCAAACGCAUUCGACAACAUUACGAUGGUAGACUUUGGCAUUCUUGGUUUUCCUCUGCGCUUCUUCCCUACUUCAUGCCAAGGCGGUGAUUGCAGUGGAUGGGCAGAACGUGCCAUGCUUCGUUUCUAAUCCCGAAAGUGCCCGUCUACUCGGGAAUCUCGUGCUAAGAAGAUGUAAGGACCAAAACAGCAUCACCAGCCUUUUCCCUAAAACCAGCAUCUUCUUCUCAAAAAUGCAGAAGGGAAUUCGACUUAAUGAUGGUCAUGUCACCUACCUGGGUCUUUUGGCAAAGAAAGAUGGCACGAGGCGAGGCGGCUUGAGCAAAAAGAGUUCUGACAACACAAAAUGGCACACGAAGUGGUUUGCUCUUUUGCAAAAUAUGCUUUUUUAUUUUGAGAGCGAGUCCAGUUCUCGACCCUCGGGAUUAUACCUGUUGGAAGGAUGUGUGUGUGACAGGUCGCCCUCACCCAAACCUUCACUGUCAGCGAAGGAGUGCUUAGAAAAACAGUAUUAUUUCACAGUCAGCUUCAACCAUGAGAAUCAGAAAGCCCUAGAGCUUCGUACAGAAGACGUUAAGGACUGCGAUGAAUGGGUGGCAGCAAUAUCACAUGCCAGCUACAGAAACCUGGCUACCGAGCAUGAAACGCUCAUGCAGAAGUACCUCCAUCUACUCCAAAUUGUGGAGACCGAGAAAACAGUUGCUAAGCAACUUCGACAACAGAUAGAAGAUGGAGAGAUUGAGAUUGAACGUCUGAAAUCAGAGAUCGCUGCAAGACUCAAAGACAACGAGAAGAUCCAGUCGAAUCCAACCACUGCCCCCAGUGAUGAAGACUCUGAGAUCAAGAAAAUCAAGAAAGUUCAGAGCUUCCUGAGGGGCUGGAUGUGCCGGAGAAAAUGGAAGACCAUCAUUCAGGACUACAUCCGUUCUCCACACGCAGAGAGCAUGAGGAAGAGGAAUCAAGUCGUCUUCAGCAUGCUGGAGGCUGAAGCCGAAUACGUCCAACAGCUUCAUAUCCUGGUCAACAACUUCUUGAGACCACUUCGCAUGGCUGCCAGCUCCAAGAAACCACCCAUAACCCAUGAUGAUGUCAGCAGCAUAUUCCUGAACAGUGAAACCAUAAUGUUUCUACAUCAGAUAUUCUACCAAGGGUUGAAAGCUCGAAUAGCAAGCUGGCCAACAUUAGUUUUGGCUGACCUCUUUGACAUCCUGCUACCCAUGUUGAACAUCUACCAGGAGUUUGUGCGUAACCACCAGUACAGCCUGCAGAUCUUGGCCCACUGCAAGCAGAACCGAGACUUCGACAAGCUGCUGAAACAGUACGAAGCCAAACCUGACUGUGAGGAACGCACCCUGGAGACCUUCCUCACCUACCCUAUGUUCCAGAUUCCUCGCUACAUACUGACCCUCCAUGAGCUGUUAGCACAUACACCACACGAGCAUGUGGAGAGAAACAGCUUGGAUUACGCCAAGUCAAAACUGGAAGAGCUUUCUAGAAUCAUGCACGAUGAGGUGAGCGAGACGGAGAACAUCCGAAAAAACCUUGCCAUCGAGCGCAUGAUCGUAGAGGGCUGUGAGAUUCUCCUAGACACCAGCCAGACCUUUGUCAGACAAGGAUCUUUGAUUCAGGUGCCCAUGAGUGAGAAGGGCAAGAUCACACGUGGUCGGCUGGGCUCUUUGUCUCUGAAGAAGGAGGGUGAAAGGCAGUGUUUCCUGUUCUCCAAACAUCUGAUCAUCUGUACUAGAGGGUCUGGGGGAAAACUACACCUUACUAAGAACGGUGUGGUGUCACUCAUCGAUUGCACACUGAUAGAGGAGCCUGAGGGUACCGACGAUGAGUCCAAGUCAGACAAGAGCGGCCAGGACAUGGAGCACCUGGAUUUUAAGAUUGUGGUGGAGCCCAAAGACAACCAGUCCUUCACAUUCAUCCUGGUGGCCUCCUCACGGCAAGAGAAGUCAGCAUGGACCAGUGACAUCAGCCAGUGCAUAGAUAAUAUUCGUUGUAAUGGAUUGAUGAUGAACGCCUUUGAGGAGAAUUCUAAAGUCACUGUGCCCCAGAUGAUCAAGUCCGAUGCCAGUCUGUACUGUGACGACGUGGACAUCCGCUUCAGUAAGAUGAUGAACUCGUGCAAGGUGUUGCAGAUCCGCUACGCCAGCGUGGAGCGUCUGCUGGAGAGGUUGACCGACCUGCGGUUCCUCUCCAUCGACUUCCUCAACACCUUUCUGCACUCCUACCGAGUCUUUACAAGCGCUGACGUCGUCCUGGACAAACUCAUCACCAUUUACAAGAAGCCCAUCAGUGCCAUACCAGCCAGGUCCCUGGAGCUGUUUUUCGCCAGCAGUCAGAACAACAAGCUUCUAUACGGAGAGCCUCCGAAGUCUCCUCGUGCCAGCCGCAAGUUUUCCUCCCCGCCUCCAUUGGCCAUCACGAAGACAUCGUCCCCCAACCGGCGCCGGAAACUCUCCCUCAACAUUCCCAUCAUCACUGGAGGAAAAGCUUUGGAUUUGGCCGCCCUCAGCUGUUCCUCCAAUGGCUAUGCAAGCAUGUACUCCUCCGUGUCACCUUUUAGUAAGACCACACUGGAUAUCAACAAGCUCUAUGUGUCCAGUCCAAUCUCAAGCAAGAUUCCAGAUGAGGGCGAGAGCAAGACGGACAAAACCGAUGAGCCGUCGCUGUGCAAACAGGAUAUUUCGGUGAGAGAGCAAAGCGAUAACGACCAGAUCCAGAGCGACGAGCCCGAGGUUGAAGUGUCACCCACCAAGUCACCCACGACUCCCAAAAACGUAAAAUGCAAAAACUCCUCAGAAUUCUCUCUGUUCUCUUACAAUAAUGGCAUGGUGAUGUCGUCCUGCCGGGAGCUGGAUACCAACCGUAGCGCCUUGUCUGCUGCAUCUGCCUUUGCCAUAGCCACUGCUGGUGCCAACGAGGGCACGCCGACCAAGGAGAAGUACCGCCGCAUGUCUCUUGCAAGCACAGGGUUCCCCACAGAUCAGAGGAAUGGAGAUAAGGAGUUUGUGAUUCGUCGAGCAGCAACUAACCGAGUUCUCAACGUCCUCCGACACUGGGUGUCCAAACACUCGCAGGACUUCGAAACCAACACUGAGCUAAAAAUGAAGGUGAUAAGUUUCUUGGAGGAGGUGAUGCAUGACCCUGAACUACUGACCCAGGAGAGGAAAGCUGCAGCCAACAUCAUAAGAACACUGACGCAGGAGGAUCCUGGUGAUAAUCAGAUCAGUCUGGAGGAAGUGCUGCAGCUGGUCGAAGGAGGAAAGCCUGAACCUUUCGAGAAUCAUUCAGCUCUGGAAAUUGCAGAGCAGCUCACCCUGUUGGACCAUCUUGUUUUCAAAGUCAUACCAUACGAGGAGUUCUUCGGUCAAGGAUGGAUGAAGAACGACAAGAAUGAGAAGACUCCUUACAUCAUGAAAAUUACAAAACACUUCAAUGAUAUUAGUAACCUGAUCGCCACAGAGAUCCUGCGCAGUGAUGAUGUGAUUAUACGGGUGGCAAUAAUAGAGAAGUGGGUGGCUGUGGCUGACAUCUGCCGCUGUCUUCAUAACUACAACGCCGUGCUUGAAAUUACAUCGUCCCUCAAUCGCAGCUCCGUUUUCCGGCUGAAGAAGACCUGGCUCAAAGUUUCCAAACAGACCAAAACUGUCAUUGACAAACUCCAGAAGUUGGUCUCAUCCGAAGGAAGGUUUAAGAACCUCAGAGAGGCCUUGAAAAAUUGUGACCCUCCCUGCGUGCCGUAUUUGGGAAUGUACCUUACUGACUUGGCCUUUAUUGAAGAGGGGACCCCAAACUACACAGAAGAUAACCUGGUCAAUUUUUCCAAGAUGAGAAUGAUCUCCCAUAUCAUCAGAGAAAUCAGACAAUUUCAGCAAACAGCAUACAAGAUUGAUUACCAGCCAAAGGCAGCGACGUAUUUACUGGACAGAAGCUCAGUGAUGGAUGAAGAAGGGCUGUAUGAAGCCUCGCUCCGAAUCGAGCCUAAAGUACCCAACUGAAAGAAAUGCUCUGCCUGAGGUCUACACACUGUACAGACACCACGCUCUCUACACAUCCGUGUGUUACCUUCCCUAUUACAUCAUUAUUACUCCUGGAAUAAUGUGUUUCCUUGUUUUUAGUCGUUGCCUAAUUGUUUCAGAUCUUUCACUGUUGCUUUCAAACAUUCGUUAUGUAGGGAAUCAUGUUUUUUCUCAUUGCAACAAUUCUCUUAGUCGUCGCAGUUAGGAAGAGUUAUGUUCAUAACAGGAUCUAACCAGACAGCUGUUUUUAUUUUAGUCGGUCUUCUUUGUUAUCGUUUCCUGGGGUAAUCGUUUUCAGGUUUAUCCAUAUCACCUCCUUUAUGAAAUAUUAAAUGCCGACAGGAGCAUUUUGAAAUUUUAAUAGAUGCAUGUGACUAAUUUACAGUAUAUGCAUACCAUGUAGCAGUUUGGAAAGCAGAUAUAUUACCAUAUACAACAAGCGUAUAGAAACACUUGUACAGUUUUAAUAUUAUAUUUCAAGGCACAUGUCAGUGUACUUAGCCAAAUCAAUUCCAGUAUCUUUACAGUAUGUCCAUUUUUUUGUGAUAAGGACCAUCUAUCACCUACUUUCACACGGGGUGGGAUGGACAAAACUAGAUUGCAGUGAUAUUUAUACUUAAGACGUUUGGGCAUGACUUAAAGCAGGCAGUGUUGAAUUUUCUAACUUGUCACAUUGGAACCACAUGGGGUCCCCCUAUUGGCCAAUAAGGAUUUUGACGUAUUGUUGUUUGUGAAAUUCAUCAUCCUCUGUUACAGGUGGUAACAUUAUCUUAUUUUUACAGUAAAUGAUUCACCCACCCCAAAAUUUGUGGAAGGAUUUUCAAAAGAAGCUGAUCUGCAUUAAAUACAAUUAUAUUUUUUUAAACUAGUUUAUUUAACCAAGUAAUGUUAUUGUUGUUUAAGGCCUCAUUUCUUAGGGUACAAAUUGUAUUCUGGAUCUAUCACCCUCCUUCUACACCAGAUUAUCCAGCUAUUGUACAUUUACAGACAAUCUAUGUCCUUCUUGCUGUUCCAGUGAUUGUGGAACGUGACUGAAUAUCACUUUGUAAAAUGCAUUGUCGUUUAAAAGUAUGAUCAAAAGUGAAUGACCUUCCCGCUUGCAGCAUACAAAAGGGUAUUUUUGUAGUCCUAGAAUAAAGACGCAGGAUUCUGCAUCCUUCCCUAAAAAAAAGAAAACAAAAAAAUUCUAGAACGUAGAAACAUUUUUUUGUACAAGCAUUGUCAACUCACCACACAGAAAAAGUAUUCUGUAUAUUUUGUACAUGCAGCCCUCUGUAUUUCUUAACAUGUACUAGUUUAAAGCACACCUCUUUAAAGCGUUGUAUCCUAUGCUUAAACACUCAAUGCUAUAUGAUUUGUGAUUUUGAAACCAUGAUCUAGAGGUAGAGGACUUUAAAGUGUUUUUGCAUAUACUGUAAUCCUGUCUAUAAUCAUUCUCUUAGCAGGAAUAUAGUAAUGUAGUGCUUAUUCUGUGAAUAUUUGUAUGUAUUUUUACUAUGUACAGUCUGGAAACACACUUAACGCUCACAUUGCAGGCAUGCAGCACUGUAUCAGCCAGAAACUUUAAAAAGGACGAAAUAUAUAUAUAUAUAUAUAUAUAUAUAUACAGAUAUAUAUAGAUAUAUACAUACUGUAUACACAUCUAUGUGCACAUACUCUUAUAAAUGAUAUAUAAACAUAAAAACAAACAUUUUGCUGUUAGCAAUACCCAGUGGUAUGAGAAUUAUCUUUCAACCCUUAAGUUUCUUUCCACAGCUUGGGAAAUAUUUCCAGUUUUGUACAAAAAAAGAAACCGAAAAGAAAAAGAGAGAAAAUUAAUUAAAUAACCUGUAUGUUUCCUGAUUACCUCUUGCUAAUAAAUCUAUUCUAUCUCAGGGG